UUAUUUCGAGUUGUAAAUCUAUUCUAUCUUGUUAUUAGUUGUUGGUACGACUAGUUACCUUCGAAGAAUAAUUUCCGAUUGUUUAUUGCAUAGUUAAUUAUGGCAUUGUGUUGCUGUUGGGUGUUGUAUCGUUGAUGUCGACCACGAGAGAAAAUCUUUUAAAAGGAAAGAGAAAAGGCAACAGAAGUCAAUCGAGUGAGCAUCUCCGACCCGGCGACAACUUCAUUCUUCGUCGUAUUAUCAGGAUCCAGAUGAUUUCACCACAACUUGUGCUGCUCCUCAAGCUACACUACCAAAGCGCUACAGUACUACACCGAGGCACCUACUGAGACUACGCAACUACGUAUGCUGCCCCAACCUACGACACCGAGGCUCCAGCUUAUUACAUCACCAAGGCUGUCGAAUUCUACACUGGAGCGCCCAAGUACGACAGAAAUCAGUCAAGUGAGCUUCUCCGACACCCAACACGGCAAUCCCGAAGUUUCGAAUAAACUUCGUUUCAAACAGUGGAACGGCAAAGAGUGAAGAACAAGACAAAUUCGACUGCAAUCGCGUCGAAUUGAAUAGUAAAGAUAACAUAUUCGUACGUGUACACCGCGCCGUUAAACUUGACAUUUUUGGUCGGCAAGCCGCACUUGACGAUGGCCGUACCAUCACCUACGACAAGUGCGUUAUUGCCACAGGUGUUAAACGAAAAUCUUUUCCAAUCCCUGAGCGGUGCCCUUAAAGAUGCCCACGAGCACGUAGCGCUGUUCCGCAACAUCGAUGGCGGUAACAUAGGUCGAGUUCUCCGUCCUCCUAAAUAUUUGAGCCAAUGGACAACCGAGAAGGUGAAAGCGGAAAGUGUUAAUGUUUUGCCCAAAACUAAUGUUGAGGGUGUAAUUUUGGAAGACUACAAGGCCGCAUUGACCUUAAACAAUGGUCAAAAGUUUGAAAUGAAAGUUUUCGUAAUUCCGGUUUGGGAUUCAAAUGUUGCCGGUCUGGACAUGUCUGGAAAACGACAGGGCGCCCGUAGCGUUAGAUCCGCCGAAGAUCGUCGCUAUCAUGACGUCGACACGGAAAUGAACGGCCGUUUCAUCACCUCCAACGACAUCCAAAUGGCGGAAUGCAGAAAAUCAAGGCCAGCCCGGAAUGGAACGCAACUGGAACUAGGAUCGGAGGUGGAUCAGCGCCCAAUCCAGCGUCCGGCUGUUUCGAUGUCGAUCGCUGAUAUCCAAUUCAUUCAAGGUAUGGAAUCAUGUCAAUUCAUUUACCACCAUAGAAUAUUUCGCAGCUCAGUUUGGAAUUCGUUGGCAAUGGUCGAAUCGAUCGAUGACUGAAGCGCAGCUGAUCUA